AAGGGUGAAAAUGAUCAAGUAAAACUAAACACUUUAAAUUAUGAAAGAAAUAGAUAUAGAUAGUGUAUCAACAAACAAUGAACCAAAUGUCCCAAAACAAUUAGAGAAUAAUAUAUUACAACUCAAGAAACUCCACGAACAGGGCUGCACGAUCAACGCUAACAUAGAAAACUCUGUUGAUUUCAAGAAUCCAUAUCUAUUAGAGAAGGUUAUGAAAGUGUUCAACAUCAAGGAAUAUAGCUCCAAUUACAAAAAGGACGUAUAUAAUCCAGAUUUUUAUGUCGCCCUCGCUAAUGAUGCUGACCAAGAACAACAACCAUCGCAACCAAAAACACCGAUUAAUGACAUAGAUGAGGGAAUAAGUAAACAGAAUGCCAAGGGAAGGAGACCUUCAGGGUGGUCACCCGAAACCGAAUGAUCAAUUUAAUUAUCGCAUAUAUACACUCUUUAUGUUGUAA